UUGUAAGUCUCAGGACGGUAAGCACACGUUGCGCCCCUCGUUACUACUACAUUUAUACGUUCCAGGUUGUCUUUGUGUCUAGUUCAGUGGAACUAGAAGAAUCAAUGUACCCGGCUCUCAUUGGGUUCCUCCUCUUUGUACAAUUCGCCGCAGCGGCGGUGACAGGUCAUGCUACCACUUGGGAUUCUCGAGCGAGCUGCAGGAACAUACCAGGCGACGCACGCUGGCCCACUGCCGAGACCUGGAAUCGUCUGAACGACACGGUAGGCGGGAUACUAAUCGCCACGGUCCCCAUCGCCCGAGUGUGCCACGACCCGAGCUACUCUGCCGAUGGUUGCGCUCAGGUUACACAACAGUGGAAUCUGGCAGGUAUCAUGACGAAUCUGCCAGCCGAGAUCCUGGCCCCGUGGUUCCAGAAUCAGUCCUGCGUACCCUUCACCGAGAGAUCCCUGCCGUGUGACCUGGGCAACUAUGCAAGCUACUCGAUCGACGUCCGCAGUGCCGACGAUGUUGCUGCCGGGAUUGCGUUUGCGAAGCAGAACAACAUCCGACUAGUCGUCAAAAACUCCGGGCACGAUUUCUUUGGCAAAAGCACCGGCAAAGGUGCGUUGUCACUGUGGACCCGCAAUCUCAAGACCAAGGAGGUGAUCCCUCGGUACAAAGCAACGUACUACCGAGGCCCCGCCAUCAAGAUCGGUGCCGGCGUGAACGGGAAGGAAGCGGCCGAGUUCGCAGGACAGAACGGCUAUCGCAUUGUCGUAGGCUCCUGUCCGACCGUCGGUCCCGUCGGCGGGUUUACGCAGGGCGGCGGCCACUCGUUUCUGUCGGGCCUCUACGGACUCGGCGCCGACAACGUGCUGGAGUGGGAGGUGGUGACGGCCGCCGGGCAGCAUAUUGUGGCCACGCCAACGCGGAACUCGGAUCUGUACUGGGCACUCAGCGGCGGCGGCGGCGGCACCUACGGUGUCGUACUUUCCAUGACGGUGAGAGUGUUCCCGGAUGGCGAGAUUGCACUUGCUCGCCUGUCCUUCAACACCAGCGUCACGGGCGGCGCCAACAGUUACUGGAAGUCGGUUGGCGUGCUUCUCGCGCAGCUGCAACCCCUGGUCGACGAUCACGGCGCUGUCGGGCAGUUGCAGGUCACCAACCAAACCGCGCUUCUCUUUGGGCUGAUGGUGCCGGGGGCCGACAAGCAGCAACUGCGCGCAUACCUGGCGCCUGUCUUGACCGCCCUUGCACAGGCGAGCCCGGCGCUGACGGCCGAGUCGCUGAGCCUGGAAGUCUACGACGAUACGAGCUACGCGGGCCUCUACAGCGCCACGGUCGAGCCCUUCACGGCGGGCAUUCUCCUCCCACCCGUCAUUGGCGGCCGGUUCGUGUCGCGCAGCAACUGGGCGCGCAACGCGACGGCCGUCACCGAAGCCAUCCGCUCCGCCACCGCGGACGGCAACUUCUACGUCGCCAUCACCGCGCUCAACACGCAGGGCGCGCAGCGCGCCAUCGCGCCCGUGGCUAAGAACUCGGUGCAGCCGGCCUUCCACGACGCCUUCCUCAGCCUGAUCGUCACGGCCAUCUGGGACUGGCAGCGGCCGUGGGCCGACGCGGCGGCGCUGCAGCGGCAGCUGAACGACGUCAUCCGCCCCGUCCUCGAGGAAGCCACGCCAGGAGCGGGCGUGUACAACAACGAGGCCAACUGGCAGCAGCCGGACUGGCAGGCUGCUUUCUACGGCCACAACUAUCCGCGGCUCAAGCAGAUCAAGAAGCGGUACGAUCCGGAUGGCGUUUUCUACGGCUUGACCUCGGUUGGUAGCGAGGAGUGGUCUGCCGAUGCGGCCGGCCGGUUGUGCAGAGUGGCAUAGAGACGCUGAUAAUGCGCCGAAGCGGCGAUGCAGGAACGUGGAUGUGCAAGAUCCUGCAACCUGCAAUGAGGGAAAAGCGUGGGGGGUGUGCGUGCUGACUAAGAGCCCUGUGGGGCAGCGUCCACUGCCCCGCAGUGACGGGCAGGCUGAGUUGGGGUGUGUACUCCCUCUGUAUCCGUAUUAGUACUCCGACUACCCGCCGUUCUUCUUUGUAUUUUCCAAUUGGUACUUAAACUUGGAUCGGUAGAGCCAAACCUCUUUAAGCCUUUUUUUUUGUAUUGGAUAAUUGAAAUCUGUACAACCCCUUAGCUGCUUUAGACAGGCAUACAGCAGUAAAAGAACAUAGCAUCGACACUUGAU